UGGUUUAUUAUGAAUACGAUGAUAGAAAUAUUGUUUUGAACUGUCGCGAUUAAGAGAAAACAGAGUAAGGCGACAUGUUGGAAUACGAAAAUCAAAUGUUUUUAGAUUCGCUUCACGAAGAUGGUCUCUUAAUCAGCGCCAAGGGAUUGGGCGUAGAAACGGUGUUUUGCAAUAUGGUCAAGGUGUAUUGCGAUCCUGGAAACUUGGUUUUUGUUUUGGGUACGAACAAUAAAGAAGAGGAUUACAUCAUUUCCGAGUUGAAAAAAGAAAAUACGCGACCGUUGCCGCGAGUCAUUACUUCGGAUUAUUCCAUUUCAGAACGGGAACACAUCUACUCCGAAGGAGGCGUUCUGUUCAUCUCAUCGAGGAUCAUCGUCGUAGAUUUGCUAAAGCGCAGAGUACCUAUUAAACAGAUAUCCGGAUUUCUCGUAUAUCGAGCGCAUAAAAUUUUAGAAUCGUGCCAAGAUGGUUUCGCUCUACGGUUGUAUCGUUUGGAAAAUAAGACUGGAUUUAUAAAAGCCUUUUCGUCGUCAGCCGAAUCGUUUACCAGGGGCUUUGCGCGGGUCGAACGUGUGAUGAAAACGUUGUUUCUUCGCAAUUUAUAUUUAUGGCCGAGGUUUCACGCCGUCGUCAAUUCUAGUCUGGAAAAGUGCAAGCCGCGAGUGAUCGAAUUACAUUUACAACUCACACCCCGUAUGCUGCAGCUGCAAAUUUCCUUGUUGGAUUUGAUGAAUUUCGUCAUUAGAGAAAUCAAAAGAAUUAAUCCGGUGCUGGACACCAACGAAGUCACAGUCGAGAAUGCGGUAUCUCGAUCGUUUCAUAAACUGCUCCAACUGCAGUUGGAUCCCGUCUGGCAUCAGCUCAGUUCCACCACCAAACAGUUACUCGCCGAUUUGAAAACACUUCGACAUAUUUUAUUAUCUUUAACCCAGAUGGACUGCGUCCGGUUCAACAAUCUUGCCAUGUCUGUGCGAUCGAGCGAGUACGCGCAUCGUAGCUCCGGUUGGGUGCUGUUAGAUUCGGCCGAAACUCUUUUCGUAACCGCCGAACGUAGACUCUACAACGCCAAACAAGAAGCGUGUCCGGAAUCGAAUCCAAAAUGGGAAGCGUUGAACGAAAUUCUGAAUGAAAUUAGAACCACUUCCGGAGGCGUUCAGACCGUUUUAAUUUUGGUUAACGAAGCGGCCACGUGUAGGCAACUCAAAGAUGUAAGUACCGACCGACCGACCGACCGACCGACCGACCGUUCGUACUUUUUGAUAAAAGGUUCGAAGCAAUUGUUAUCCGAUUUGUACGAAAGGUACGCGAAGAAAAAGCCGCCGUCGCAUAAUGCGGCGGGCAACGUCGCUCACGCUGGGUCCUCCGAAAACGUAGAAUGCGAAGAACUUGUCGAGAAUUGCGUUACGUUGUCGCAGAGUCACGAUCCGCAAACCGGAGACGUUUGUUUCGCCGAAUGCAAUCCGAAGGAAGACGAAGAAACAUCAUCGGCAACGGUCACGGCGCGGGAGGAGCCCGUCAUAAUCAUAGAGCCGUUCAAAAAAGACGCCAACGUUCUGAGUUUGUUGCAAACGUUGCAGAUGCAUAAACCUCGCUACAUCGUCAUGUACGACGUUGAUGUGACGGCUAUUCGCCAAAUAGAAGUUUUUCAGUGUCGAAACAGCGAAUUACAGAUAGUCGUAUAUUUUCCCAUGUACGCUGGCGCCAUCGAAGAGCAAGCGUAUCUGACCACGCUGCGUCGAGAAAGAAACGCUUUUGAAUUUCUAAUCGAGGAGAAACGCACGAUGGUUAUACCGGCGGAACAAGAUGGAAAAAGUGGAGAUUGCGCCGAACUAUGUCGCGACGUAGGUACUAGUAGUACCAGCGAAUUACUCAACACUCGCAAAGGCGGAGCUGCCACGUCGUCGGCAUCGAGUAACCCGUUAGUUAUAGUCGAUAUGCGAGAAUUUCGAUCGGAACUGCCUGUGUUGUUGCACCGCAGAGGCAUCGACAUAGACCCGGUCACUUUGCAAGUCGGCGAUUAUAUAUUAUCGCCGGAUAUGUGUGUCGAGCGGAAAAGCAUCAACGAUUUGAUCGGAUCGCUGAAUUCGGGCCGUUUGUAUCAGCAGGCUCUGGCCAUGACUCGUUAUUACGCCAAACCGAUGUUAUUAAUCGAAUUCGAUCAAAACAAACCGUUCGAUUUGCAGGGAAGGUAUUAUUUGAGCAAAGAUUUACAGUCGACCGAUAUCACGUCCAAAUUACAGCUACUCACUCUGCAUUUCCCCAAGUUGAAAAUCGUUUGGUCUCCGAGUCCGUACGCUACGGCGCAACUCUUUCACGAAAUCAAAGAAGGAAGGUCCGAACCAAACGCAGCGGACGCUAGUGCUGUCGGUUCGAGUGAAGCCAAUUUGGACGAAGAUAAAUACAACGUCGCCAUCAAGGACUUGGUUGGCAAGUUACCGGGUGUCACCAGCCAAAAUAUAUUCGCAAUUUUGAACAAAGUCGAAAACUUGGAAGAAUUACUUAGCUUUACUCAAGUACAGCUGAAAGAUUUGUUGCAGAAUUCGGCGAACGCGACGCAAUUAUUCAACGCUCUCCAUCAAGAUAUGAAGUCUGGCGAACGAGCGUCCAGUUCGGUGAAACGAAGUAAACCCAAAGGUUUUCGGGCUAUCGCUCGUAAAAAACAAAAAUGAGUUCCCGCGCUCAGCGUACGAGCGUUUUUUUUGCGUUUUUUUGCGUUUUUUUCCCCCCGUUUUUCAAUGUGUGUCGUGUGAUUUUAUUUUGAAAUAUAUUAAUUUGUCCGCAGCUGCGUA